AUGAGGAAAUUCAUUUUCAUCACCCUGAUUUUAAUGGUCCAACUCUUGGAAGUGGCUCAUUCUCAAUUUACCAUAAGACAUGGACGUCGUCGAUCGAGAAUGGGAAGAAUUGCGAACGAUGGUACGAUUCCAGGCUGCAAAAGCUGUAAUAAAGAUGAUUUUGACAAUAUCGACAGCAGUGACUACAAUUUGACAUGGACAUAUGGUGAAGAUGAUGGGUGUAUGACAGCACAUCAAACCUGCUAUUCUCUGAGUUCCAGAUGUGAGGUUGCGGCUUGGGUUACUCUAGAAGAUGAAACAAGAAUUGAAUACUCAAAAGCUAAUAUAAGCACUGGUUUGUACAUAUGUGAUUCAUCAUAUUAUGCGCUGAACGGAACUGCUGUGAAAGGAUACGGAUGUAAUACUUAUUGUUUGACCACAGAUAUUCGAACCGUUCCUGCUAGAAACACUUCAACAAGUACGACGACUACAACGACCACAACUACAACGACGACACCUCAGCCAACUACAACUACCACUGAACCUCCUACCACGACUACCACUGAACCUUUCACCACAACCACUGAACCUCCUACCACAACUACCACUGAACCUUCCACCACACCCACUGAACCUCUUACCACGACUACCACUGAACCUUCCACCACGACCACUGAACCUUCUACCACGACCACGGAGCUAACUACGACAACUACCCCUGAUGCAACCACUACUACCACUGAACUUACCACGACCACACCAUGUGUGACAACCGAGGAGUCAACCACGACCACUGUGCCAACUACCACGACUCCAUGUGUCACCACAGAAGUGCCCACAACUACCCCAGCACCAACCACCCAUGCCAACCAUGGAUGCCAUGUUGGGGGAUAA